UAGUGAAUGCGGGGUCCGGGAGACCGGAUAUAGUGAAUGCGGGGUCCGGGGAGAGCGGAUAUAGUGAAUGCGGGGUCCGGGGAGAGCGGAUAUAGUGAACGCGGGGUCCGGGGGGAGCGGAUAUAGUGAACGCGGGGUCCGGGGAGAGCGGAUAGUGCGGGGUCCGGGAGAGCGGAUAUACGGAUAUAGUGAAUGCAGGGUCCGGGGAGAGCGGAUAUAGUGAAUGCAGGGUCCGGUAGUAACACUUUGAAUCCAAAAGGGGGCAAAUAAGGCAAGA